AUGGCGAGAGGCGGCUGCGGCUGCUGCUUAGCUUCGCAAUUGGCGGGCUGGUGGGUGAUGUCUUCCUCCACCUGCUGCCGGAAGCCAUGCGGCACGCGCACAGCGAGGCCGAGCAGAUCCGAGUCGGCCUCUGGGUCAUCGCCGGCGUGUUCUUCUUCGUCCUGCUCGAGAUGGUGUUCAACCAGAGCCUGCAAGAGGAGCCGACGCCGGAGCCGCGGGAGCAGGCCGCCGCGGCGCCGCAGCCGGCGGCCGGCGGCGCCGACCUGCGCAGACGCCACCUGGCGGCCGGCGACCACAGCGCCACUAACGGCAGUGCCAAGGGCGUGCCGCCGCCGCCGCCGCCAGUCGACCGGCCGCCGGUCAGGCAGGUGGCAGGCUACCUGAACCUGCUAGCCAACAGCGUGGACAACUUCACGCACGGACUGGCCAUCGGCGGCAGCUUCCUGGCCAGCACGCGCAUAGGCUUGCUGACCACCUUCGCCAUCCUGAUCCACGAGAUACCUCACGAGGUCGGCUUCGGCAGGUGGGAGGCGGCCAAGGCGCAGAUGGCGACAGCCACGCUGGGCAUCACGGGCGCCAUCAGCGCCCUGCUCGCCGACGACCCUAAAGCCCUGGCCGACCACGGCUGA